AUGGCUGCUGGAACACCCGUUACAUUGAACAUAUAUGAUGUGAGUGGACAUCCGAUACUCAAGAACGCCAACAAGCUAUUUCGGGCAGUUGGUGCUGGCGCUUACCACGCGGCUGUGGAGAUCAAUGGUGAAGAGUGGUCCUAUGGAGGCUGCGACGAAGGCACUGGGGUUUUUACGUGCAGCCCACGGCAAUGCGAGGCUCACAGCUUCCGUGAGUCGAUACCUAUGGGCCACACGGCCUUGACCAAGGACGAGAUAGAUGCGGCUCUAGAAUCCUUAAGUGCAUCCUGGCGGGGCCCUGACUACGAUAUCCUGAGACAUAACUGCUGCCACUACAGCAACGACAUGCUCCGGGCGCUGGGGCUACCGUCUGCUCCUGCUUGGGUCACCCGUUCUGCCGACCAUGCCGCCAAGGUGGUGACGCCCGUAGAAGAAACGAUUGCAGAAGGCAAGAUGUCUCGUGGUGCCGAAGAUGAUGGCUACAAGUUUGGUGACAUCAGCCGAGGCAUCGUCGCCAGCGGGAAGGCCAGCAGAGGCGCCGCGGCGGAGGAGGGUUACAAGUUCGGCGACUUCACUCGCGGCUUCAUCUCCAAGCUGAGCGGAUGA